UUGUUGCAGCAGAGAGCGAGUUAGCAGCCAAAAAGCAGUUUGUUGCUGUGCUGCUCGCAGUCCUGCUGGAACUUUCCUGCCCUCUCCGUCAACAUGUCCUAACUUGGGAAGAGCCUCUGCUGGUCAGAGAUCGCCUCAAGUUCCCGCCGCCAGCAGAUGAAGUCGGCGCGACCUCCUUUCAAGAUGGCCGCCCGUCCUCUUCCCGGCCUUCUCCGUUCUUCCUCAGCCGUGACGAGACCGGAGCCGAGCGCCGCGUUACCAUGGUGAUCAUUCUCCCCAAAAGCCUGGACAAGAAGAAGGGUGUCAAUGAUGUAAGGCCCGACAGCACCGAGAGACGGCCGCGUGAGCUCCACAUCAUGAGCAGAGGGACCACCCUCUUCUCUUGUGGAACUGCUGAGGCAGACCGAUGGCUGCACCCAGGACGGAGCUUCCAGUCGGGCACCAGCCUGGAGAGCCUGUGGGACGUGACGCCCGAGCCGGGCAGCCGCCCCUGGGCCAAAGAGCCGGGCCCCACCACCGCCAUCACCAGCCUGAUAAGCGAUCUGAACCUGGGUGACGCCUCCGUGACCGAAGCCCACGCCACCUCGACGGCCACUUCACGCUACACCACUACCGCCGCCAGCCCAGCCCCCGCGGCGCCCCCCAGCAAGCGCCAGUGUCGCUCGCUGUCCUUUUCAGACGAAUUUGCCGGCUUUCGCUCGUCGUGGCGGCCUCAGGGCUCCAGAGUGUGGACGGCGGUGGAGAAGCGACGGUGCCACAGCGGCGGGAGCGUGCGUGCUGGCGGAGGGUUCUCCGCCGGUCAUUUCCCCGCCAUGCAGCGUAGCUCCAGCUUCAGUUUUCCUUCAUGCUCCGGCAUCCCCGCAGACGGACCCUUGGACCUGCCCUUCUUCAGCCAGCGACUGCCUGUCCACCCUCACUUCACUGCCUCCCCGGUCCCUCCGCCGCAGUCCUGCCACGUCCUCAGACCUCUCUCCCUCUCCCACGAGAGAAUCAGCCUUCCCGAACUCCAGAGAGAGGAGGCCUCAGAGGCCAGCUCGCCGGACUCCACCCCGGAACUGGGGCGGCGGUGCGGCCAGAGACGCGACGGGAAGGGCUGCCUCUCUCGGAGCAGGUCGCAGCCUUGCGUGCUGAACGACAAAAAGGUCGGGAUGAAGCGGCGACGGCCCGAGGACGCUCAGGAGCAGCGGCCCUCUUUGGACUUGGCCAAGAUGACUCAGCAACUUCAGACUUUCCAGAGCUUGAGUUGCCCCGGCUUUUCCUUCUUCGACAGCUGCCAAUCAAGCCUGCCGGCAUCGAACCCGCCCGCCGGCCGCCCCGACGCGGGGUUCACCGCCGUGUCCGAGCUGGGACUGGAGCCCCGGCGGGAAACGCCGGGAGACGAGGGGGAUUCUUCCGACGAGGACCUGGAUAGCGACUCGGCCUGUAGCGUGGACUCGCCGUCCGGGUCGCCCGUGCCGGGUCGCCUCGCCCUCUGGGAGGGCGACUGCGGCGCCGACAGGAACAUUUUCCAGCUCGGGGGAGAGCUGGAUCUUGAGCAGAUUGAGAGGAACUGAACCUCGGAGGACGACGUCUGGAAUGGACUUUGCGACAGGGUAAGGACGAUAUGACCGCGACCGCUCGAAAGGUAUGUGCCUCGGACUCUGACCGUCUUUAGUUGUUUUUAUCGGGGUUUGCUCCGGAGAGUAAACGUGAGGGUUAGUCUUAAAAGAAAA